AUGCCAAAAGUUAAGAGAAGUCGUAAGCCACCUCCAGACGGCUGGGAACUCAUUGAGCCUACUUUGGAUGAGUUGGAUCAAAAAAUGAGGGAAGCUGAAACGGAACCUCAUGAGGGUAAAAGAAAAGUGGAAGCGCUUUGGCCGAUUUUCAGACUGCAUCAUCAGCGGAGCCGAUACAUCUACGAUCUGUUCUUCAAACGAAAGGCUAUCAGCAGAGAGCUGUACGAAUAUUGCAUCAAAGAAGGUUACGCUGACAAGAACCUGAUUGCCAAGUGGAAGAAGCAGGGCUAUGAGAACCUUUGCUGCCUCCGUUGCAUCCAGACACGAGACACCAACUUUGGAACUAACUGUAUUUGCAGAGUUCCAAAAAGCAAGCUGGAAGUUGGAAGGAUCAUUGAAUGCACCCACUGUGGAUGCAGAGGAUGUUCAGGUUAA